AUGGCCAAUGUCAUCACUGAGCUGAAGGACAUGCCAAAGCUGGCCAUCACAUCAGACGGGUGGACCAGCCUCUGUCAGGACCACUAUCUCACUGUUAAAGUGCACUACACAAGCCAGGGCAGUAAUGCCACCUGUGGACAGAUCAUACCCAUCCACCACAAACUGGAAGAGCAUGUCACUGUGAAGCAUGAAGAUGCAACGUUUGUGGCAACCAUCAAAGCGAAGGUGUGGGAGAACCUCACCGAGCCCUAUCAGGAUGAGGACAUUCAAGCCUUCCUGCAUGAGGCCACAGCAAUGGAUCCCAGAUUUAAAGGGAGGCAACACCAGGGUUGUCAGAGGAGCAGAAGCAGACAGACACAGAGCACCAGCAACAGGAGGAGGAGUCUGAAGGAGAAGACAGUGGCGCCCAUGUCGGUGUACGCCUGCCUGGGUGGUGACGUGGCGGCCAUCCGGGACACCUUCCUGACGCGGCUGCAGAGCAAGACAGAGGACAUGAGGAUCAAGGUCAUGAUCCUGGAGCUUCUCACCAUGGCCGUGGAGACCCAGCCGGGCCUCAUUGAGCUCUUCCUCAACCUGGAGGUCAAGGACAGCGCAGAGGAGUCUAAGGCUGUGGACUCAGAGUUCAGUUAUUUAAAAUACCUUUCUUUCUCUCCCUCCUUCCCUCUCAGGAUUUUCUGCUGGGUGAGUGGAGCAGGUGCUGUUGGACCUGAUCGACUCGGCAGCAGGGAAUGUACUGGUGUCCCCCCACUGCACCGCGCCAACCUGGCCUUCCUCCACGCCCUGUGGCAGGACCAACGGGACAGAGCCAUCUCUGUCCUACGCACCAAUAGCUCCCUGGAGCAGACUCUGAAGGACGCACUGCAGAAGUUCUCCAGCGGGCGGCACUACUGGUCCCAGUACGUCAAGUCUCUGGUGGUGCACAUAGCUGAGACUGAGGAAGAGGGCAUGCGCUCAUUCUCAGAGACCCAGAUGGUCAUGUCAGCCUGGUUCUUGCUGCUCAUCUUCUCCACCAGUCACUCAGAUGUGAUGCAGUUGAAUGAGGACUCUGCCAGACUGAAGCUCUUCAUGGAUGUGCUGAAUGGGACCAAAGCUGUUUUGCUGGUGCCCAGAUCGGUGCACUGUCUACGUCUGGGAUCCAUGAUGACUACCCUGCUGCUGAUCCUGCUCAAACAGUGGAGAAGUGUGGUGGCCACGACCUCUGACGUGUUGUCUCCCCUCUCUCUGAUCCUGGAGAGUGUCCUGCAGACCGACCAGCAGCUGAUGGCAAAGGCCAAGGUGUUCUCUGCUCUCAUCUCUGCGCUGCAGAUGCAGGGCCUCGAUGGUAUGGAAGGGAACAACCGCUGUGGUGAGAUCUGCCAACUUCCCCAGCUACUGCUGUGUGUGUGUGAGACUGUGCAGGACGAGGCACUGGCACUGAUUGACAGCACACAUCACACGGCCCAGGCAGGGGAUGUCCCCAAGGACAAGGACCGCAUGGAGACUGAUGCCCCCAGUAGCGUCCAGAAGGACCAGAGGGACGGGUGUGUUUGCUGGCGUUACACCUGGCUAUGGAGCUGUGUCAUGACGACGAGGAACACUGGGUUCUAGUGAUGAGGAAGGUUCCCGUUCUCCACUCGGUUCUCAGCACUCUAGAACUGAGCCUGCGAUCCAAACACAACCUCUACUUUACUGAGGCUGCCCUGCACCUGCUUCUCACGCUGGCCCACACACCACACGGGGUGGCAGAGUAGCCUAGUGGUUAGAGCGUUGGACAAGUAACCGGAAGGUUGCGAGUUCAAACCCCCGAGCUGACAAGGGGGCAGCAGCAGUAGCCGGGGCCAGCAUCAUCCAGAGCAUCUGUCUCCCUCUGCUCAGUGCCUAUGCAGCGCCCUCCAAUGGAGCCUCACAGAUUAAUCUGUGUUACCUUUGCCAGAUGUGCACGUACCUCCUCCACAACAAGAAGAUGCCCCAUCAUUAUCUCCAGCUAAGACACAGACAUGACCAAUAAUAUAAAAAAUAUAAAAAAUGUAAUAAAAAUGUUAUCACUGAUUGAAUAAAGGUAACAUCCAAACUGUUAUUAUUUCCAUGUAUUUUAGCUGAUGUCUUCCGUUGUUUCCCAGGCUAAGAAUGGGGAGGCGCUGGUCCCCAAGCCCAGAGGGCUCCUCAGACACCCUCUAAAACUGAAGCCGGAGGUGGAGUAGAGGAGAGGGUGGAGGCAGAGCAGAAGGCCCUGCUGGUGGUGCAGUGCAGUCUGCUGAAGAUCCUUAGUAAGAGUCUUGCCACGCUGCAGCACUUCACCCCUGACUACUGCCAGAUAAUACUGGACCAGGACAAUGACCCUAAACACACCUCCAGGCUCUGUAAGGGCUAUUUGACCAAGAAAG